UUACCGUGUGGACAUAUAUAAUUAUGUAUAAUUAUACAUAAUUAUAUAUGACUAUUAUAUAUAGAAAGACCAAAUUUAAAUAUAUAUAUAUAUAAACAUUUUUCUCAUUAGUAACGUAGGUUAAAGUGCGCGAAGCUUCUUCUUCGCUGCCGUUGAUUUUCGCGAAUGCCAUAGGUCGACUUACUUAACGCGCAGUUUUUGGUCAACAAGGAGGGGCUCUAAAAGAAAUCUCCACCUUAGAUUCUCGGCACAGUUCAGUGAUGUCGGGACACGUUCUUCGUUUCUGUGCGACGCACGUUUUGUGCGUGUUUCGUGUGUGUGCUGUUUGUAAAAUGUGUCAUCACAUAUAGGGUAUUGUGAGAAUCGAUUAAUCGAAGAAAUAAAUGAAAAUAUUAGAAGAUCUAUAAAAUGUUGCUCAAUGUAUGCAGUUUAAUGUAUUUUAAUUAAGACGUACGUGUGUGGGAAAACACGAAAAUUGAAACGCGCGAAUGCAUCAAGCGGGACAUAUGGGACAACGGCUGUUUUCCACCACACGGACGCUUUUUAUCUGUAGUUACGAGCGUACUUGUAUGAAGAGAUGACGUCAACAAUUAAUCCGCAUCCAGUUGCGCGAUUUACCCUCGGCUCGUUACGCGUUGCUAACUAUCGCAACGAUACAGGUGUGUGCAUCGCGAUACUCAAUGCCGUCAUUGUCGCACGGUCUGAAAGCGUCGUUUCAUUAUAUGCUACAUGCAUAUCGAGUGUUUCGCACUACCAUCCUAAUUGUAAUCCGCCAACCGAGGAGAUUAAACAUAGUCCAUGUGGUUACCAUACCGAUAGACACUUCCGUUGCGACAUUUCGCAGAUAAGUCAUGACUUACGUUUCAUUAACACUUCGUCCAAGUCGUCCUUAGAAUUAUGUAAAGAAACGAUAUGAUUCCAAGACCGCUUUAUAUCAUCGUUUCGACUG